AUGCAGACCUCUGACGGCAUCGCAGACUUCACUUCACUGCUUGCUAGCACUGCCGACGCGAUCAUCUCAUUUGACCACCUCGCCUUGCGAAAUAUGCAAGCAAUUCUUGACCAACAGAACAGCACGCCCUCGCUUGUAAAGACUCUGGUGUCCUUACUUGCUCCGUUAUCUGCUUUCGAGUGGAGAUUCAAAACAGAGGAAGAGCUCAGGGAGAUUUUUCUCCGGACCAUGGACCAGAUGACCAGCCGGUUGCCUGCCUUGAUCAAGGAGGCUAGCCAUCUCUGCCACCUCCUUGAUCUUAUUUUCAAAGUUCUUGGCCGUGUCCGGUCUGUAACUCUAGGUGAGUUCAAGGACACACCCAAAAUGAAUAUCCUUGUCAGACUAUGGAACAGGCUUUCCCGCCCCAAUGACUACGCUGAUGGCAAAUCUCGUCUGAUCUUGUUGAAUGAUGUCCCCAUGUACUAUCAAACGGCAGCAAACAUCAUGAAAAACAAUCUUUUUUUGCUAAACAAGAUGCGAUCUGACCUGCGCCAGCUGCAGCAUAUUCGUGCAGUUCCGGUCUUCGUGUGGCAAGAUAUCCCACUAGAAAAUACCAUGUAUAUGAUAAACCGGGCCAUGAAGAGGUUAGAAUACGGACGUCAGAAGAUCGAUGGGAUGGAGCCGGACGAGUUCAGCUUCCCAAUGAGUACUGCGACCUCAACGGUUCUUGCCUAG